AUGGAACAGUCUUCGACCGAGAAACUUGUCUCCAUGGUUCGUCUUCUUGACGGUCCUUCGGUAAAAGCAGAGGAAAUCGAGUGGGCGGUGGACUUAGAGGCCGGAAAGACCCUCAUCGACUGGCUCGCAGCUCAGACGCCUCUGCACCUGGACGUGGAGGAGAGCAGCCUCGAACUUGCCCAGAAAAUAGUUUUGACUGGAAUUGCCCUGGAACGGGAAGAGGUGGAAGCGUUAGCGAACGUAAAGACGAAUCCAGGAAGCGAUGGAAACGCUAUUUGUAUGCCAAAGAACUACUCAAUACCAAGCGAAGCACGGGAGCAUGCCAAGCUCAUGGACCUAGAAUCGACUUAUAUUGAGGAUGCAACCGAGUUGCUAAGGGCACGACUGAAGCAGACCAAGAUCGCCAAUCGCAAGAUGACACAGACGAUCAAAGAUUUGAAGCAUGAGAUUGGGCGGACCUCUGACGGUAUUUCCGCUUCUCAGGAAAGACUUGCAGAGAUGUCAAUCAAGGCGCCGCGUCAGGCUGACUCCACUUUCUCCGCAUCCAUUCGAUGUGCCUCCGAGGUUCUUGAUGUUCUCGAAAGCAAAGGUGCUGGCAACGUGCCAACUAAUACUGAACUGAAUGCAUACGCGAACUAUCGAUCUGCUGUGCUCACGCGCACACAACAGCAAGUGCAAGAUGUUGUAACAGCAGCCGCAGGCCUCCCAUCUGAAGCAGAGCUCGAGCAGGUGGCAAACCGGGCGGCGAAGAAAUUAUACGACAGAGACAUUAUCAAAGCCGCUGAAGAGGUUUUUUUCUGCCAGCAGAUGGAGGAAGUGUGCAGAGAAUUGGAACAGACGGAUCGGAGGGCUGGUGUUGCAAACCUGCUUCUCAGAGUGAAGUCAGCACAAGAACGCCAGGUCGAUGAAGACACUGCUGCCAUGAACAUCAGCGAAGAGCUUGAGAUAGCAUGGCGGCUGGAUCAAAUGAGUCUCCUUAAUGAGAAAUCGCAAGUUCUGCAGAACGCUGUCAAAGAUUUCGAGGACAAUAUCAUACCUUCUUUGCAGUCGCUUUACGACUCCGUCAAAACUUCUGUAUCUUAUAUGGCUGAGGCGGAAGGUCUCAUCGCUGCACUAGGUGAAGAGGUGGAGGAGAUAGUUGAAUCCUCUCGACUGGCGAAGGAUAGCCGCAAUAAUUUUGGACUAUCGGAGGAGACUAAAACAGAAGCUCAGACUCUUCAAGCUGGUUUGGUCGAUCUUCUGAAAAAGCUUCAAGACCUGCGGCCUGCCAGCUCUGAACCGUUGGUUCUUUUGGAUCAUGAAGAUGUUUUGCGUGAGCUCAAAGCUGUCAAAGAACAAGAGCGCUCUCUGGAAUCUGAAGAAGAACUUGGGGCUGCUGCUCUUAUCCAAGGCUUGGAAUAUCUGAGGGGCUCGCUGGGGCUUUUAUUAUCUGAUACGUAUCUCCAUGCGCCCUUGAACACGUCCCCUCCCUAUGCGCUGCCUCUGGAGUUGAGGAAUUUAGAACGUGAAACACAGAAGAAGAGCGAAGAACUAAGGCAAAGUGUUGCGAUACUACAGAAGAAUGUUGGGUCACUGGACAGCGAGCGUUCCAAGAAAAAGCUACGGAGUCUUGCCCAUCGUGUGCUGAAGAGCUGAAGCCUAAAUACACACGUCGUAACUAUAUUUCCAGCGUGAGCCUGAAUGACAGAGCUAUCCCGUGAUCGUCCAUCGCUGUCCCAUCAAAGUUCUGUUGCUAUACAGAUUUUCCCCUCCACAUCGUGCCCUUGGUUCAACUUCGCACAUGGCAAUUCUAUCCUGCAAGACAGAGACAUGUUCCUCGUGUUCUUGCCCCAGAUCUCGAGUCGCAAGAUCAAGAAGAGUGUUAUUCUAACCCGCAUUUUUGUAUGUCUACGACAAGGCACCUCGCCAUUUCGUAACCUCAAAGCAUGGUUCUGACUAACGAUCAAAUUUCCGUUCAUCGUCAAAACUCUUAUUGCAUGUUCGAGCAAUCCCAAAAC